AUGUACACUUUUUAGAAGAAGGAAGCUCUAUCUGAUAUCUUUGGUUAAGUUAAAGAUGUAGAUGAACGAAUAUUUGCCGUCAUAUUAGAAAUAUUAAGAAAGGAAAAUGUUUAAAAUUGCAUUGGAUAUCUCUCAGAUAAUAGAAAUCAAAUACAUUUAGAAUCAUUAAUCGUACAACACAUAGAAAAUAUCACCCAAGCUGAUACAGAAUAGAAAUUUUUUGAUAUUGGAAAUGACAUAAAAUUCAUUACAAAUGUGAUAUAAAAAUUAAAAGAUCAUAACUUCAAUUAAAAAGACUUUUCCUCUGAAAAAUAUGAAGAAUAUCCAUUAAGUCUAAUCAAAAGCAUUAAGGAUAAUAGAAGGAUCAUUGAAUUUUUGUAAUUUUUAGUUCACCUUACAUCUAUAGAUAACACUUUAAUAUAAUGUGGAUCUAAUUCAUUACAUA